AUGGCCAUAUAUAACCACGAGUCAUCGGGAUGCUCGGCUGACAUGGCAGAGGGCUCUGCUGAAGAAGAACAAAGCAGUACCGCUGCUCCGGCUUCGCCUCCCGCGGAUUUGCGUACGAUAACCACCCACUUGUCGCCCUCGCCGUACCGCAGAUUGCAGCCGCCCCAACCCCAGCAGACUCACCACCGCCCUUACUCCAACAUGUUGGCGACUGCAGCCCCCAUGAGACAUAACUACAACAUGCUGUCCCACGUGAAGACCGAAGCCGCUGACAUCGAGCCACCCUGCGACGUUCCGCUGAAUCUCAAGAGCGAGUCCAUUGGUUUGACGCUUGUCACUGGAAAACCGUUCUAA